AUGCUCUACUACAGCGGUCAUACUCGACGGAUAGGUGAUGUCGACGAAGGCUCGACUGUGACCGACUUCCUGCCUGCGGAGCGAGCGAGGGGCAUCACCAUUCAAUCUGCAGCAAUCACGUUCGAGUGGCCUCCAUCGAGUGCCGCGGUCAACGACGAUGGUGAUGACUUGAACCUCCAACCUCGUUCUCGUUUUCCACAUACUAUCAAUCUAAUCGACACUCCUGGACACGCCGACUUCACUUUCGAAGUCCGCCGUUCCUUGCGUAUCUUGGACGGUGCUGUGUGCAUUCUCGAUGGGGUUGCUGGAGUCGAAGCCCAGACCGAGCAAGUGUGGGCUCAGGCAGGCGAGUGGCAAAUACCACGCAUAGCUUACAUCAACAAGCUGGAUCGUGAUGGUGCCGCUUUUGGAAGGACAGUCCGUGAGAUUGGUUCCCGGCUAGGCGGGUGGCCCGCAGUGUGUCAGAUCCCUUGGUUUGAAGGGGGAAAGGGCCGCUUCACAGGCGUGGCCGAUGUGGUCAACCUUGAAGGGCUUCUGUACGAGUACGGCGGUGACGGUAAGCAGCUCAAACGCUAUAGCCUCUCGCAAUUGGAAGAUCAAAACUCAGAGCUUGCUCAAGAGUUGAGGCAUGCAAGGGUCGCGUUGGUCGAGCUGUUGAGCGAGCACGAUGAUCAACUGGUCGAGGCCUUCUUUGAGGCAGAAGAGGAUCAUCUUAAAGUAACUCCUGCCCAGAUCUGGGACAGUCUGCGAAGGUCUAUACUUGCACCCCGAAGCGCAGUCAUCCCAGUCUUCGCCGGCGCUAGUUUCCGCAACAUCGGUGUUCAGCCACUGCUAGAUGCCGUCAACAACUUGCUUCCCUCGCCUGAGGAGCGCCCGGAUCCAGAGUUGAGCCUUGGGCUCGUUCAUGGGGGACUUUCGCAGCUGGUCAAAGGUGAACUGUCCGUCACAAAGGACGCGGCGAAGCACAAUAAGAAGAGCGGCAGCGCCACGACGCCGGUGCCCGGCAAAGCGCUGCAUGGCUGUGCGUUGGCAUUCAAAGUGGUCAAUGAUCCACGGAAGGGCAUGCUGGUCUACAUUCGCGUGUACUCAGGCACAAUAGACCGCAACGCGACCCUGUUCAAUACCAACCUCCAAAACUCGGAAAAGGCAACCACGCUGCUCCGCAUGUACGCGAACGAGUCUGUUCCUGUUUCAUCGCUUCGUGCAGGUGAGAUCGGGGUCAUCGCUGGGUCGAAGUUUGCGAGAACUGGCGACACUCUUAUCUCUUACGCCGGUAACAGGGCUACACCUCCCGACCCGCUGCAUAAACUGGAGCUUCGGCCCAUCAAAGUACCACCACCGGUCUUCUUUGCAGCCAUUGAACCCAACAGCCUACGAGAAGAAAAGGACAUGCACGAGAAGUUGGCGCUCCUGUUGCGGGAGGAUCCCAGUCUGCACAUUUCGCAGGACGAAGACACGGGCCAGACCCACAUCAGCGGCAUGGGAGAGCUGCAUCUCGAGAUUGCCCAAGAUCGACUCGUCCACGAGCUGAAAGCAAAAGCACGAAUGGGCAAGAUUGCGAUCGGCUACCGGGAAACUCUCCCUGACUCUUCUGGACCAGUUACCAAGAUAUUCGAAGGCGAGCGUGCAGCGACGAAGGGCAAGGCAGGAUGCUCUGCCAGAGUUGAACCUUUGCUCAGUGGGAUUGACAGGGAUGUUACGGACGCUGAAGAUGUUUUCGUACAUGAACAGGAUGGAAACGUAGUGGUCAUCAAAACGCCCACUCUAGAUCGACGCGGGCGAUCUCUGGAUAGCGACACGCCGGGGUUACCACCACAUCUUUUGCUUCCUGAAGUCCAGACGGCGUGUCUGAAUGGCGCACUUGCAGCCCUAAGUCGCGGUCCUUCAUGGUCGUAUCCGAUGAGAGACACCAAAGUCACAUUGACGCUGCAUCCAGAGGAGCAUAUCUUUGGCUCCGAAACAACUUACCCUUCCUUGACGGCAGCGGCCCGACUAGCCACAAUCGCUGCCUUCAGGGAUGCCACCAAGAGCGGUCCGUGCUCGUUGAUGGAGCCUGUCAUGACCGUCGACAUCAAUGUGGACGAAGAGCAUCUGGGCACUGUCAUCUCGGACAUCUCGUCAGGUCGUGGCGGCCACAUUGUCUCUUUGGGAGAUCAUGAAGAAGAGCAAGCCCAAGCAGGCGGUGUUGCCACAAGGAUAGACGUGUCGAAGAUAUAUGCGCCAAAGGACCCUUUCGAGUCCGGGUCGUCGAUGUCAGGAGAGAACCAUCAAAGGGUGAGUUUUCAGCGGACGGUCAAGGCCAAGGUCCCCCUGAAGGAGAUGGUUGGAUAUCUCAAACAUCUCCGCAGCAUGACCGGCGGAAGAGGCACGUUUGUGAUGAGCGUCGACCGCUUUGAGAAGGUGACGGGUGCUCGAGAGAAGGCUCUCAUUGCAGAACUCCGCGGCGAUGCUUGA